GUCGAGAGCGUUUAAGAAGACUGGCGUGUGGGUCAACGCGCGUCUCCUUCGUCUUUCUUCGAGGAAGGUUUGAACCGGAUAUGGUUUCCGGCGGCUACUCUUUAGUCGGUCUACUCACGCGAUGGGUCUCCUCUCCGGCAGGGGUUGUGGCUUCGUUGAGGUGUUUGGACGGGUCUGCUGUUCUCUUUACCGAGAGUUUAUUGCUCACUUCGGAUGAGGCUUUUCGCCGAUGGUCUCAUCUCCUAGCUGUUCCUGUCCUGCGUGGUGGAGCUAGAAGGUUAAUUAAGGUGGCGCAAUCCGAGGCUGAUUCUCUGCGGUCUGCCGCCGUGUCUCAAUUUUGAUUCCCGCUCCUCGUCUGGGUCGCUGGUGCAGUCUGAGUGGCGGCCUUAUGGUGUGGCAAUUCAUGGACUGGACUGCUUUUAGGCAUAAAUUGUUUGCUGGAUUUGAUACGUGGAAGAAUUGUUCUUCGCGAUUUUGGCAACAGAUUCGCUUUGUGUAGCCGAGUUGAGUACUACAAGUUCAAUGAUUCUAGAGAUCGACCCAAGCUCAGUGAAGGAGUCGAUUUAUGAUCACGUCUCGCCUCAGAUUGAAGAGUUUCAGGUACCAGACUCUAAUUUGGAACCUAGCCUUAGAAUUUGCAGAGAGUUCCUGGAUAUUAAGAAGAAUUUGCCAUCUCAAAUUGCUUGGACAUGUGUCCAAGACAAGAGUCUUGCACACCAAUUGCUCGAUACAAUGUCUUUGAGUAUUAGACCUGGGAAACACUUGAUGAAACAGAGAAAACUUUUAAAGUCGUGGAAAUUUAAGUUCAAAAGCAGGCUAGAGAAAACUAUUAACUGAGAAAUUAAAAAAAAAAAUUUCAUGCAGAGAUUUGAUACAUCUAUGCUUUAAGAGCUUAUUAGUAAUAGCUAAGUCUUAUAAAUUAACCAUGGUUUGGUGUGGGUAAUGUCAAGUAACUAUGGUUGGUUUAGAGAGUUGUCAUGAGUCUUUAUCUAUAUAAGAAGUCUUAGAGAAAUGAGGGAGGUUCAUCGGGUUUGUGGGUUAAUUCUGGGGGAGUGGGAGGAGCUCCAUUAACAAAAUCCUCAGUUUCUUUUGUAAUUCAGCAAAGUAUCUAUAAUAAUAUCAGUUUCUAUAAGCAAAUCGUAUCAAACAUGGUAUCAGAGCGGUACGAUCCGAGGGAAACCGGUGAUGGUUUUGUGGAGGUUCCAAUCUUCUACGGCGAUGAAGAUCCAGAGAUGUGGAUUUCAUGGGUUGAAGAUUAUUUCACUGACCAUGGAUUUUCGGAAGAGACGAAGAUUUCUUUUGCAUAUGGAUUCAUGGAAGAUGUUGCUCUGUUGUGGUUUCAGGAAUCACAAGCUGUGUUCACUAGCUGGAAUGAGGUCAAGAUCGGUCUCCUUCAACGAUUCAGAAAAGGAAAAGAUAGCAUCGUGGCUGUUCUAACGGAGAGUGACGAUUUUGAUUCUAAGAUGAGCAGAUGGUCGAGCUGUUUGGACAGGCUAGAGAAAUAUAUCCUUGACACUGGUGAGCGUUUUGAAAAACCAAAUCUGAAGGAUGAGGAGAAGGAGAUUACUGUGUUUGUGGAUGAUAGUACAAUGAGAGAUGAAACACACCAGCAAGGAGAGAAAAAUCAGACAGAUCUAGAGAUGACUAAGGAUGCAUGCCAAGUGUUCGAUGAAAUUUCUAUCAAGGGAAAUAAGAAGAAGACGAAGAAGAAGAAGAGAUGGAAAAAACUUCCCAAGACUGUUGAAACUGAGAGGCAUUUCAAUAUCGAUGGAGAUAAAGGUUUUGUGAAGCUGUUUACAAAGAAGAAAGAAAGGAAGAGGAGGAAGUUUACCCAACCUAAAAGAUCAAAGUACAAAUUUGGUAAACAUAAUUUUUGUGGGAGUGCAGCACGAAUAUACAACGGACUUAAAUCCAUAGAAACUUCAAAAAGCUCAGCCACACAAGGAGACACCAAGAAGAGGAAGAGAUGGAAGAAGCUGUCAAAGACAUAUAAUUGUUGUAAGAGUAUGCACUCUCGGUGGUUAUACAACCAGCAGGUGAUCAAUAUACAGUUUAUGUCGAUAUUCACAAAGAAGAAGAGAGGAAAGGGAACAGUGAUGGAAUUUGAGAGGAAGGGCCACAAGUACUGUGAAUACAUUCACGGACUAGUGUAUACAAGGCUAUCAUUGGGAUAUAUAACUGUAACGAAUAAGCGUUCCAAGUGGAGGAAACACAAAUUCAAGCAGAAAAGCAACAAGCAUGAAAAGAGGAUCAAAGUGAGGUUCUCUAGAAAUCAGGAGUAUCACAAUACCUGCCAGAUGUUUCAUAAAAAGUCUUGGAAAGGAGAACAUGUGGAGGUAGAGAGGAAGAUAGACUGUACCAAGCCACAUAAGGUCAAGUUCAAAACUGUAAUGCUGGAUUACUGGAAAAAAAUGGUUAUGUUUCGAAGAGUGCACAAGUUUAGAAUUAACAAAACGUUGAUAGUGAGAGGAUUGCCAACGCUUGUCGUGACGAACAUGACCACUGACUAUACGGCUGCUGUAUUAGGAUCGUUGAGGUCUCCAAAGAAAAGUCUAAAGAGAAAAAUGAAGAUGAUGAGUUGGGUUGUAUUGGUUUUAGAGAAACAAGACAAACAUUCUUAUCGAGUGAUCAUGGAUGGGCUGAUAAUGGGAGUAGAAGCAGUUAAGGAGAAUAGGUUUCGGGCUGGAAAAAAGAGAUACAGAUUUCGACAUAUACACAAGAAGAAGAUUGAUGACAGUUGAUAAGAAGCAGUCCAUGACAAGCGGGAAGAGAGCCAAGUUUAGAAAGAAGCACAGGAAAAGGAACACUUGUGUGUUGCGUAAAUAUUUAACAGUUGCAAGUAGUUUUAUUUACCUUCACUACUACAAGUGGAUGGGCAAUUGAAUUUCAGACAAUGCAGAAAAUGGAUUUGGCUGCGAUUAGUCGAGAAAGAGAAGUUCAGUUCAUGGGGAUGGGUUUUCGGGUUGUCUAUCUAAUCACGGUUGGUUCACGGGAGGAAGAAAAGAGUAGCCUUGCUUGGCAAAAUCCUUAUGGACAAGGAAGACUCUGGGAGCUAAAACUGUUGUUCCCACAUGACGAUGUGAUGCCCAGACAAAUAAUCUUAUUGCCGAGGUCAGUGCCCUCUUCUGCAGAGAAUAUUAGACAUGAAGAAAUUAAAGACGCUCUGACGGGUGGGACUCUGCUACAAGAAAGAGACGUAAUAUUGGCACAGCUAAAGGAACAUCUCCAAGUCUAUUUCGAGCUGAGUGUGGAGGCGAGGGGUUAUCUAAGAACAGUGCAAGGAAGAGUCAUUGAUGAAGUGCAAGUGCUGCCAGAUUAUGAAUGUCCUUGGGAGCUCAAAAAACUGGGUUGGCUAAACAGUUUUCUCUUUCCAACCUUGAGGACAAGGUUGUUUUCAAAGGCAGGGGUAUUGAUACAUCUAUGCUUUAAGAGCUUAUUAGUAAUAGCUAAGUCUUAUAAAUUAACCAUGGUUUGGUGUGGGUAAUGUCAAGUAACUAUGGUUGGUUUAGAGAGUUGUCAUGAGUCUUUAUCUAUAUAAGAAGUCUUAGAGAAAUGAGGGAGGUUCAUCGGGUUUGUGGGUUAAUUCUGGGGGAGUGGGAGGAGCUCCAUUAACAAAAUCCUCAGUUUCUUUUGUAAUUCAGCAAAGUAUCUAUAAUAAUAUCAGUUUCUAUAAGCAAAUCGUAUCAAGAUUAUGAGGAGCUGAACACAUGCUUCUAGCUGAAUUACCAGCGAGUUUAUACUCAUCUUGUGGAGAGACUUGUCUGUUCUCGCGAGUACAUGGGAUGGUGAGAGACUUACUUCAUCAAUUCUUGUUUUUUUUAAGAAGCUUGAGGACAAGCUUCUCCGAAAGGGGGAAGUAUUGAUACGGUUGGUGUAGUGGCCAAUGACGUGAACAUUGAGCUGGUGUUUUGAAUAGAAGCCUUUGUUGCAAUUAGAAGGUCUGCAGUUGCAAUAUGGGAGUAUAAAUAAGAGAGAUGAGUGUCGAGAGUGAGUACGCUUAGUUUGAUGAAUGUAUCUUGAGCGAUGUGCUUGAGCUCAAGUGAUCUAUGUUGAUCGCCAUUGUUGUUCUUCAAAUUGAGUGAUGAUUUGUGUUUGGUUUGUCAAUUACAAUAAUUCUCAAAUCAUUUUCUAAUUGAAUAUCAUUGUUGUUCUUGA